AGGAAACUGUUGAAAAGUCGUAACCAAACUCGAGGUAUCAACAAAACACGAAAGAAAACAACAAAAUAUAAAACAUAAAUACAGAGAAAAUAAGAAAAACUGAAGCACCACGACUGAAUGACUUAAAGGAGGGGUCACUAAGGAAAAGAGGUACAGUCACCAUGGAGGAAGUCAUUCAAAACAAUAAGCGCUUUAAACAUGAGACCAGUGAGAUGAGGAAAGGUACCGGCGUGGGGGCUCUCCUGGGGAAUAUCCGUGGUGCAGGGAAGCCUAGGAUCAUCCAGGAGGAGGGGUGUGAGGUGAUGGUGAUAAGUGACGACAGCAAUCCAGACACAACCAACAACACAGCCAGCAACAUGACCAGUCACACAGCAAACCACAAUGGAUCCAUUGCUGCCGUCUUGUCUCCUGAAAGCCUGGCUAAGUUUGGAGUGGUGGCAGAGAUUCACACUUUACAAAAUGGAACAAGUGCCCUUCAGACCAAAGAAUUCGUAGUUGACAAAAUGGACAUUCAUAAUCCAAGCGAAAGAACGUUAAAGAGAAUUGAUAAAGAGCAAUGCAAUAGUGUGAGUAGAAGUGUGUGUGAGGAGAUAGUGAUAUCAGAUGCGACAGAAAAGGAUGAUUCAAGGGAACCCAUCGAAGACCAAGAUGAAACACCUGUACUGCCUCCUAAGUACAAGUUUGCUAAUCCACUCAUGGCUCUGAAUUACAUGGCAGAAUUCAAGACACUUCAUGAUAAUUUCACCAAGGGAUGUAAAUGGUCCCCCGAUGGGUCAUGUCUGCUGGUGACGGCCAACGACUCCAAGAUCCGCCUGUUCAACCUUCCCACGCCGGUGGUUCAUGGACAGUUUCAGUGUGAGUCAUGGUUUGCAGAGGAGGCUGAGAAGUAUACCAAGCCUGCAGUGAUUGUCAGGGAGAAGGAGAUAGUGUAUGAUUACUGCUGGUACCCACUCAUGCGCUCCGACCUGCCAUCCUCUUGCUGUUUUGCCACCACAUGCAAAGACCAUCCAAUCCACUUAUGGGAUGCUUGGGAUGGCAGCCUGAUAUGCAGCUAUAACCCUUACAACCACCUUGAUGAAAUGGUGGCAGCGUACAGUGUAGAAUUCAAUGUGGAUGGCUCAAGACUGGUAACGGGUUUCAACAAGUGCCUCCGAGCCUUCUACACCCAGCGGCCAGGCAGAGUCUUUGACCAGAUAGAAGCAAAGAAUCAACCGGGGAUAAUCUCCUGCAUGAGUUUCAACCCUCAGCUGCCUUCUGUCUUUGCUGCCGGGAGUUACCUUGGCUCUAUUGGCCUUUAUAACCUGGAGAGAAACAACUUGUUCUGCCGAAUGGAAGGCAACAUUGGUGGCGUGACACAAGUCAAGUUUUCCUCAUGUGGCACCAAGCUUUUCUCUGGCUCUCGCAAGAAUAAUGAGAUCCUGUGCUGGGACAUCAGGAACCCCGGAAAGCUUCUGUGUGGCUAUGGCAGGGAAGUCUCAACAAGCCAGAGGAUAUACUUUGACUUGGAGCAACACUACAGCAGGUUCCUUGUUUCUGGUGACACGAGAGGGUGUGUGUUGCAUUGGGACCUGGAAGACGACCAAGAGGCUGAUGCAAGUGUCACCAAGGAACCAACAUCAAUAUUCACAGCACACAAGGACUGUACCAAUGGAGUGAGCAUCCACCCCUACUGUCCACUCCUUGCCACCAGUUCAGGACAGCGUCACUUCCCAGAGCCAGUGCCAGAGUGUGACUUGGACUCCUGCUCAGAAAGUGAAGAGCCAGAGGUUUUGUUCACCAGGAGCAGAGUGCUUCCAGAGAAUACUGUUAAAUUGUGGUGGCUUGGAGAGUCUUAAGUUUUAUUUUUUUAUUUUUUGCAUUAAUAAAAAUGUUUUGUAUCACUUGUACUUAUUGAAUACGUAUGACACUUGUCACACAAAUUGUCAUUGUGUAGGAGAGGACACUAUGUGCUUGGAAAACCAAAACAUCCUUGCCGGCAAGUGA